GGCCCUUACCUCCAUCGCCGUCGCCUCCCGCCGGGAUUUUGGCCGCAACCCGGAGACACAGCCCACCAGUCGGCCCCCACGCGCGGCGCCGCCUCCCGCCAGCCCCUCGGCCUCAGGCCCCCACACACAGCACGGCAGGCCCGGCGCUGGACCUCCGCCUCACCCGAGCGGACGCCGGCCCGCCCACAGGGUUCCCGGAGAACUCGACCUUGGCGGCUUGCGUGUCCCUCGAAGGCAUGGGAAAGGACCUGAUGUUCCUUCAGUUUCUCGCCUAGGUUCCUGGCCAGCGUACUUAUUUUCCUAAUGCUUCGACUUAAGAUAAUUAGCAACAUAAAUUAUGCAUGUCGGGAUUACAGUCCAGUGUUUUCUUUGCCCUAAUACAGGCCGUGUACUUCUUGAAUGAGUAACCAAAUAACUUGUUGCAUGACAGUGAAUAAAGCGGCUCGGAAGAAAUCGUGCUGGAGCCUCCACCCCAGGCGCAGAGCGGAGGUCAGGCGCGAACAGGCUCGCGGUGGAACCGUGCGAUUCCGUGGCAAGAAACUAAGGAAACCGGGAUGAGUACCAAUGACUGGCACAGUCUGAGGAGAGGCAUGAAACAUCAGAAAAGCUGGGGUUUGUUUUGUACUUAAGGAUUAUUUUAAGUGGUUAAGAAGAAAACUUCUGUUCUGAACUGUACGGGAAGACAUUAAGUGUUGGUAUUUACACUAAAGCAUCAUCCAGAAUUCUAGCAUUUGAGGACAUUCAAGGCGCUUUUUGCCUUCUGCCCUAUAGGAGGAAAUCACUCCAUUCUAUCAAGCCACUAACAGGGAUCCUGUGGUUUCAUUUCAAAGCGCUCAAGUCAAGUCAAAAACAGGGUGUUCAGAGAUGCCAAGAGGGAUGAAAUUAGGCCUAUUUUCCCCUGAAGUUGAGAAAUUCUUACAAGAAAGUUCUGACAUGUUUCCCUCCAAAUUGAACAGAUUUGUUUUUUCAUUGGAAUGGAACAGCAAAAGCAAAGCUACCUCCUAGUUCCAUUUUGCUCCUUUCCUCCCUAAAAGAAUUUUCAAAAAUUAUGUACCACAUAUGUAAUUAACAACUGAAUUUUUUCUUCAUGAUUUUAAUUAAUUGGAAAGAGUGUAAUUUCUGACAUUCUGAUAACGGCAUUUUAAAGUGAAACUGACAUUCUUUUUAAGAAAUAUAUCCAAUGGAAUCUAAUAGAGAAACAAUAUCCAUUCUCUAUCUACAAACUAUAUGAAAAACUCUUCUUUGAAAGUCAGAUGUUAAUUCUUUUUUCUUUUAACUCACUUCCAUUCCACUGUGCCCCCAAAUUGUAUCCUAAUGCAACCUAUUUUUAUGCUUGGAAGUCUUACUGAUUACACUUAUCUUUUUUUGCAAGAGACCCAUACAGUUAUUCAUUUACAGAUUCUCCAUUUCUGAACUAAAACAUAUGUAACCCCAAAAUCAAUACUUAUACUUUCUCAUUUAUAGAACAUGCAGAACAGUGAAAAAUUUGAAUCACCUUAUGUGCACAUUCCCACCUGGGUGUCAACAAGGCCAUCCUAUGCCUUCUUGUUUUAGUUCUCGUACUAUAAACAAAUGUCCUUUUCUUGAUCUACUUAGUGUCAUGUUUUUUGAAUUUUUGUGCUUUUUGUUGGUGACUUCACUGUUUUAAAUGGCCCCCAAGCGUAGUGCUGAAGUGCCGUCUAGGGUUCCUAAACGCAGAAAGGUUGUGAUGUGUCUUACAGAGAAAAUACGUGUGUUAGAUAAGCUUCGUUCAGGCAUGAGUUAUAGUGCUGUUGGCCGUGAAUUCAAUGUUAAUGAAUCAACAAUACGGUACAUCCAGAAAAAGGAGGAGGAGAUCCGCCGAUCUGUACGUGAGGCUGCUCCAGGAAGUGCUAAAGUAACGUCUAUAGUGCGUGAUGAAGCUAUGGAAAAGAUGGAAAAGCAGCUGAAUUUGUGGAUUCAUGAGAUGAUGACCAAUAAAAAAAGCAUAGUGGACAGUAUCAUUGUGAGGCUGAAAGCCAAAGAAAUUUACAGUCAUGUUACCCAGGGUCAGGAGAAUGUUAAACCCUUCUCAGCCAGUGCGGGCUGGCUUGCUCGUUUCAAGAGGCGAUACAGCAUGAAAAAUUUUAAACUUGCGGGCAAGGCCGGUUCUGCAGAUCAAGAGGCUGCAGAAGAAUUUAAAAAAUACCUGCUAAGCAUUAUACAUGAAAAGGGUUACGUGGAAGAGCAGAUUUUCAACGCUGAUGAGACUGGCUUGUUUUACAAGAAUGUUGGUAAACGAACCUAUGUAAUGCAGAUGGCUUCCAAAGCCCCUGGCUUUAAAGCAUUCAAAGACUGUGCAACCUUGCUAUUGUGCACCAAUGCCAAGGGCGACUUUAAGUGCAAACCCCUAAUGGUAUACAGAGCCCAAAACCCACCAGCACUUAAAGGGAAAAACCUGAACUGUAUGCCAGUCCAUUGGAGGUGGAACAAAAAAGCAUGGAUGGUAUCCAAAAUAUUCUUGGAUUGGUUCCACAAUUGCUUCAUCCCAGAAGUUGAAUGCUAUCUCCAGGGUAAAAACCUUGCCUUCAGAGUUUUAUUGAUUUUGGAUAAUGCCCCAGUUCAUUGCCAUGAAGAACGUGAAAAUGCCCACCCCAACAUAGAAGUUCUUUUCAUGCCCCCAAACACUGCAUCUCUCAUCCAACCCCUCAAUCAGGGUAUAAUGAAAGCUUUCAAGGCUCACUACAUAAGGCAGCUUUAUAGUAAGGCUUAUGAGUCUCUUGACACCAACGAGGAAACCACCGUGAUAGACUCCUGGAAAGCAGUCACCAUACGCAACGUUAUUGAUUAUGUUGGCUCAGCCUGGGACAGCAUCAAGCAGGCUACUAUCAAUAAGUGUUGGGAAAAUAUCUGGCCAGACUGUGUGAAAAAUUUUGAAGGCUUCAAAAGUGUUACAGAAAAUAUAAAGAACAGUGUCAAAAACAUAAUGCAUAUUGCACAGCAAAUAAGUGGAGAAGGUUUCAGUGACAUGAAGGAAGAAGACGUGGAGGAACUUUUGGCAGAGAAGGCAGUAGAACCCACCAACAAAGACCUGGAUGAGAUGGGCAAACACAGCAUCAGAGUCAGUGAUGAAAGUCAGCCUAGGACUCCAAGAAUCGUCCCUCUCACAGCGGCCAAAAUAUCAGAGUGGAAUUCUGCCUUGGAAAAAAUUUUCAAUGACAUGGAAGAAUGUGACCCUGUGCUUGAACGCAGCCUCACAUUUAAGCUCCUAACCUCCACUGCAUUUGUCCCGUAUUCUGAGACACUUAAAGAUUUGAGGAGAAAGGCCAGGCAGACAAGGCUGAAGCAGUUUUUCGAGCCAGUUUGAAAGGUGCCGACACUGUCGACAAGUUGCAGAAGCCAAUGUCCUGAGGAGAACUGCCAGACCAUGGCAUGCCACCCUCACUGUCCUGCUCCUCAUCUGCAGGAUAUAUUCCCCCAGCCUCUCCUUUGGUUUUCAUGGGGCAAGCCAAGGUCAAGAAGUUACACCGCAUGGACACUGACCAUCACACAUCCUGCAGUUCCAUCCACAAGAUGACAGAGACAGAAGGAGAGACACAGAGACAGGAGGCAGCAGAGAGGGAAGGCAAUGAACAAGGAAACUGCCACACUGCACUUACGUUACCACUGACACGCUGUCUGCUCGGCCUCGUGACAGCUUCAGGAGAGUGGACAGCCCUUGGCAUCCUGCACGUUCUCUUGGGUCUGUGUUCUCUCCGUUGCUCACUGAUUCUGUCGUCUGUCAUCUCCACUCCACUUUUGAGCCCAUCCAAGAACCUGUAAUGGCUUUUUGAAGCCUCUGUAUGACGACUGCUUGGAAAUCCUUGUCAGAUGAUUCCAGCCUCAUUCACUGGGAGGAGAAAUGGUUGCUAAGGUCACCUGUGCAAUGCCACUAGAAAAGGAAUCAUCUAGAAAAGGUUCCAUGCCGACCAGAACCAGAUCUCCAGACCAGAAUCCAGUUAUGUCUCUGCCUGGUCUAAUGAGUUCUCCAGUGACCAGACUUGGGGGUGGGGCAUUGUCAGAACUGUCAUCAUUUUCUCCAUAUUUAAUAAAACAAAAUGGAUUCUCAA